GUCAGCAAUAACGAUGGAAAAUUCCCUAGUUUUCAGUUAAGAUGCGCAUGGACGAUUACAUGCCGUUACAUAUAAAACCCUGCACCAUGUCACUCAACGGUAUAACUCUAUCAAUCGUCAUUUGUGCUGAUUGUGUGAGAGAACUUCGCAGAAUCAUUAGGAGAAAACAAAAUGGCAACCCUGAAAAAGAUUUUGGUAUUCGGGACUGGGAGGGUGACGGGCCCAAUGUAUGAAGACUUUUCUAACGAGAAAGGCGUUCAGGUCACCGCUGUGAGCAAAGGAGGGCCCGGCUUAAAGCAAGUUGGUGAGCUGUGUCCGGGUGCGAAGCUGGUGCGCUUGGACGUGAUGAAAGAAACUGACAGCCUGAAAAGGCUUAUAUCUGAACAUGACGUCGUUGUCAGUUGUGUGCCGGACGCUGUGAUUGAGAGUCUAUCCCUAGCUUGCCUCGCCAUGAAGAAGAGUCUCGUGUCGGUGAACUACACCGUUCCCGAACAGACGCGGCUGCAUCAACAAGUUGUCGACGCUGGUCUGACCUUCCUGGUUGACGUUGGUUUCCGCCCCGGUGCGGACCACAUGAUUGCCAAGAAGACAAUAGACGAAAUGAAGAGCAGAGGAGGGGAGGUCACUUCGUAUGAGCUGUACACAAGCGCCAUUCCGACUCCAGAAUCCGCCAACAAUCCUCUCAAGUAUAAGUUCAACUGGAACCCGAGAAAGGCUCUGUGGAAGUACUGGAAGGCGAGCGGCUACAUAAAGGACGGCAAGACGACGAUCCUCCCGGCGGGAACAGCCACCAUGGAAGCUGUCCAUGACAUUGGGGCGGUCCGGGACUUCAAGGCCGAAUUUGAGGCCGUCCCCUAUUCCUUCCACCAAUCGUACAUCCCGCUGUACGGCAUCGAGAAAGUGCAGAACAUGGUCGUGGGCUCCAUGAGAUACAAGGGCUUCUGUGCUGGGAUCCUGAGCUUGAUGAGACUUGGGCUGUACAACGUCUCCACUCACCAGAUGCUUGUUGAUGAAUCUCAACCCUUCACAUGGAGAAAGUACAUGUGUUCCGAGCUUGGACUGAAUGAUGACGUCACAGAUGAAGUCCUGGAGGCAAAGGUCAAGGACAGAAUAGGAGAAUCAGGUCAAGUAGAGGUCAUGAGAAGCCUUGGUUUGCUGGGAUCUGCAGAAAUCGAAAAGAGAGAGACCAUAUUUGAUACCUUGGUCUGUCACGUUGAUAAACGACCUGACUUCAAAUUUGGUCCGACCGAGCAAGACAUGGCCCUGAUGAACGUCAAGGUGGCCGGGCGCUUCAAGGAUGGGUCCACCGAGACCAGGAGGCUGGAUCUCACCGUGCUUGGGGAUCCGGGAAGACACACGGCCAUUUCCAAAAUUGUGGGUCGAAGCGCAGCCACUGCAGCAAUGAUGGUGCUGAAUGGGGAGAUAACUGAGAAAGGUGUCGUCAUGCCUGUCUCGCCAGAGAUCUACAAGCCCAUGCUGCAAAGACUUGAGCGCAAGGGAAUCAAGUUUGUUGAAAGAAAGUAAAUGACAUACCAGUAUAUUCCAGUACAGAAAUCAUAUCAUAGUUGUCAGACGCAAGGGUUCGGUACGAUUAUGCUGCUUCAUCAAUUGAGUACAACUGCACUCUUAUCCUGACGCCUAUCUUGCACGGUUGUGAUAUUUCUACAACAAAUAUCUAUGUAAGCACAACGGGGUACCCAUUUUGUUUUCUUUUGAUGAGAGAUCGUGUCGUCCUUCCUCGUCACAAUCAGCUUCAUUAUAAAAUAAUGGUUUACAAUGUAUCUGCUACAAAUCACUUGUAAGUCGUCCUCGUAUUGUCAUUUAUUUUAUGGUGCAUUCUAAAUGCUCCUGUUAAUGGUAGUUUACGGCUGAGAUAUGUCACCUGGAAAAUGUAUACUUGUGUUCAAUGACAACCAUUAACAGCCACAAAGACAGCGGCAACAUAUCUGCACACACAAGUAGUUUAUCUAUGACUGCAAUGACUAACCGAUUGGCCUAUCUACAUGUCUAUAUACACAUUAUUUUAUUCUGUUUUAAUAAACUAAAAGUUACAUA